AUGGAUCGUACCGAGCAGGGCUCGGAGAGAAUACGGGCUCGGACAGUCGGAGAUUUGCAAGUGCGGUGGACAGAGCGACGGGUCGGAGCAAAGGUUGUGGGAAAAUGGGCCUUUUCCCCACGGGUCCAUGUUGAUAGUAUAGUGGCCCCAGUCCAAGUUCGGACGGAGUUAAGCACGUAUGGGCCGGAGGGGACAGCGGCCAGCCGACAGCCGACAGCCGACAAGAACCCCCCCCCCCCCCCUCCCCCCGUCGACGGGCCAAGAGCAAGUAGGAAAAGGCCGUCAGAGGCGGUGCAGUGUCAAAUAGCCGCCUGCUGCCACGACCGGUCUGGCUGUACUUACACAGCAAGUAUUGUAGUGGCCGAUUUGCAGCUGGGGCUUGCCACAAUCACCAUGGCCUCGAGGCUACGGCAGGGCAUAACGGUCGCGGGUGAUUGGCGGGCGGAGGGUGCAGCGCGUGGGCUCUGGAAGUGCAUAACAAUGCGUCUGUGCCAUGAUUGCGAAGCCGCACCAUGGGCGCAGCCGCAGGCCGAGGCAAGCGACCGCACAGUACUGUGUACAGCACAGCACAGCACAGCACGGCGCAGCGCAGCGUAG